AUGUCACAAGACGCACAAGACGUCAUCAACCUAUCCUCGUACACACCGACCGAGAAGGAGGCUGCGGUACUGUACCGUGGUUUAAACUUCAGCACGGAAAAACCGCCAAGGCCAAGAGAUGUGGUCUGUGCAGUAGAACGUGCGGUCAGUAAACUUCCCUCUGAAGUGCAAGAAGAAGCCCGCACCCGUGCCAUUGGUGUACUUUCCGGUAUGCGGAGACACGGUGCAAGAACGCAUUCGUCGAUAAAGGAGAAGCAAGCCAUUCAAAGCCUACGGAAUAACAGUAGCAUCGCCAUUCUACCCUCCGACAAAGGCAACGCUACAGUCCUGCUAGAUAAGAGCGACUACCACAAGAAGAUGUUGGCCCUUCUCGAAGACCAUCAUACGUACGCUCCUCUGGCUUAUGACCCUACAAGCAGACUACAAACCAAACUCCAAAAAUUGCUGGCCAUGCUGUUCAAGUUGGUUCCUCCGCACCACGUGGGUCUCUAUCACCGUUUGCUCUGCACGAACGGAUCAGCCCCUGCAAUCUACGGCCUGCCAAAAGUCCACAAGCCUGACGUCCCACUUCGUCCUAUCGUCGACUUCACCAGAUCACCGCUCUACCGACUAUCGGGCUACCUUCACCAGGUGUUGAGCCCUCUUGCCGGUAAGACCUUGACGCACGUCGAAAACUCAUCCGCAUUUGUAGCAAAGAUAAAGGACAUCACGUUGAGUGAAGAUGACGCCUUGGUCUCGUUCGACGUCACAUCGCUUUUCACUAGUAUCCCACUGGAUUUGGCAGUAGCCACAUGCAAAGAAGCCCUAGAAGCAGACAGUGGUCUUCCUGGUCGCACGCCCUUCGACGUCCCCGAACUCGGCGAACUGCUGCGGUUUUGUCCAAGCAACACGUAUUUUUCUUAUGGUGGCAGCCUUUAUCAGCAAACGCAUGGCACGGCAAUGGGAGCUUCAAUAUCGGUCACCACGGCUAAUCUAGUAAUGGAAGCCUUGGAAGGGAAAGUGCUGGCCACAUUCAACCCGGCACCUAGCUAA